AUGGGCCGCAAGAAGAUCGAGAUCAAGAAGAUCGAAGAUGAGAGGAAUCGUCAUGUAACCUUCAACAAGAGGAAGUUCGGCUUGAUGAAGAAGGCUUAUGAAUUAUCAGUCCUAUGUAAUUGUGACGUCGGCUUGAUUCUGUUUUCGUCACAAAACAAAUUGCAUCAAUAUUCAAGCUCGGAUUUGGACAGGCUCUUGUUACGAUACACUGAAUCUCCGGAGCCAAAGGAAAGCAAAAGCAACGAUGACAUUCUCAACAUGGUCACCAAGAAUGGAACGAAAUCAGAUAUGAACGACGACAUGGAUGAAGGUGGUGACGACGACGAUGAGGACGAAGGUGCUUCGAGACCUACCAAGCCAAGCAAAAAACCAGCAAUUCAGGUGAAUACAACGCUCAAGUCAGCAGCCGAACCACAAUUUCGUAUGCCUUCACCAACCAGACUGAGAAAACACCAGCAACCACAACAGCAGAAGAGGCCAACAGUACCGGACGUAUCACCAGUUUCGGAAUUGGAUACCACGCCGCGAGCUACAAGACCAUGGUGGAGGAGAAACAAUACCUCAUCGUCAUCGCCAUCGACACCACCCAAGGGUUCAGAAAGUGGUACGCCACCAAUGUCUCAGGUGGCGUCGACCGUUGAAUUUGCACUCGAAAUCGACACAUCCAUGGAUGUAGAUGUGGAAGUGAGUCCUGACAAAAUAGAGAGACCUCCAAGUGCAACUGAUUCUGCUUUGGGUGUUGAAGAAAUCGCUAGAAUAGACUUUGUAAACAAUCUCCCAUACGAACUCGCAGUCCAUAUCUUGGCACUAGUGGAUCAUUUGCCAUCAUUCGCUGUGAUACCUCUAGUCUCGAAAAGAUGGAAUGACGUGUCGCGAGACAAUGAGAUUUGGAGAACUAUAUUCUCUCGUAGAUGGGGCCCAGCACGACCACUAAGAAAGAAUUUAGGUGCAUCCAAUCAAUUACUAAUAGAAGCAUCCAAUCCACCACCACCACUAUCUCCUAUAUUAUCAUCCACAAACUUGCUGGCCCUCACAACGCCAAUAACACCAACCUUACAGAAGUCUCCUCUGAAUCGUCAUGCCAGUGUACAAUCAAACACACCCACCCGAGACUGGAGACGGCUCUAUAGACAACGAUUUCAUUUACAUCAUAAUUGGGUAGAUGGACGAUACGUGACGAGAACCAUCCAAGGACAUGUAGAUUCCGUAUAUUGUAUUCAAUUUGAUCGAGACAGACUCGUGUCUGGCUCUCGAGACCGCACAGUCAAAUUCUGGGACAUCAAGUCUGGAAAAUGUCGUCGAACUCUGGCUGGCCAUGAAGGAUCUGUACUUUGUCUGCAAUACGAUGACAAGUAUAUCGUAACUGGAUCAUCAGAUUGUCGCAUCAUCGUGUGGGAUCAAGCUACCGGUAACAUUAUCCAUACACUACGGGGUCAUGGAUCACCAGUCCUCGACGUCCGUUUCGAUGAUCGUUUUGUAGUUAGCUGCUCAAAGGACUGUACCAUUCGCAUCUGGGAUAUAAUUACAGGUCGUCUCGUCCGUACCCUAGAAGGCCACCACGCAGCAGUGAACGCCGUCCACUUCCAUGGUAAUCUAGUCGCUUCAGCAUCCGGUGACUGUAUUAUAAAACUAUGGGACGUACGAACUGGUCAAUGUAUCCGAGACUUUAGUGGCCAUUCACGAGGAUUAGCAUGUGUGCAAUUCGAUGGUGAUUAUAUCGUAUCUGGAUCCAAUGACCAUACCAUCAAGAUCUGGAAUGCACAUACCGGUGAAUGUCUACGAACGUUAGAAGGCCAUACCGAUCUAGUCCGUACAUUGUGCUUCGAUCGGGACCGUAUUGUGUCUGGAAGUUAUGAUCAGACUAUAAAAGUAUGGGAUAUGAAGACUGGACGACUCAUGUGGGAUUUGAAGGAGAAUGGACAUACUUCUUGGGUCUUUCAUGUACAGAUUGAUGCGUCCAAGAUUGUGUCGGCUAGUCAGGACCGUAAAAUUAUUGUUUGGGACUUUAGCGAAGGUGUCUCCAACGAGGAGAUUGACCAACUCUUAUUUUAA